CUACGCAGGCGCAGUUGGCGGUCUUCCUGUCGGGGCAAGAUGGCGGCGGGGUCGGUGUACCGGGCUCUGGGGUCUGUGGCUAGCCGGGCUCUCCUUCGGGGCUCCUGCGCACCGAUAUCCUUGCAGGGCUUGGUGAAAAGAGGAAGUACUGCAACUUACGCUAAUGUGCUAUCCAAUCUUCCCGAGACAGAAGUUACUACUUUAGACAAUGGCUUACAAAUAGCAUCAGAAAAGUCAAACCACCCUACAUGUACAGUUGGAGUAUGGAUUAAGAUAGGAAGUCGUUAUGAAACUGAGAAGAAUAAUGGAGUUGGGAACUUUAUGGAACACCUGGCAUUCAAGGGCACAAGUAAAUACCCUUACGCCCAAUUUGAAAAGGAAGUGGAAAGCAUUGGUGCACAUCUUGACAGCUACUACUCUCGUGAAAAGACAGCCUUCUACAUGAAAAUUCUAGGCAAAGAUUUGCCAAAAGCAAUUGAGAUUCUGGCUGAUAUAACACAGAACUGCAGCUUGGAAGAGUCUCAGAUUGAGAAGGAGCGGAAUGUCAUCCUUCAGGAGAUGAAAGAAUCCGAUUCUUAUCUGCCUGCUGUCCUCUUUGAUUAUCUUCAUGCUUCAGCUUAUCAAGGCACACCUUUGGCCCAGACAACUGAAGGGACAACAGCAAAUAUAAAGAAAUUGACCCGUGCAGAUAUAGCAGAAUACAUGGAAGCUCAUGUCAAAGCACCUCGCAUGACCCUGGUUGCUGCUGGAGAUGUUAGUCAUAAAGAACUGGUGGAUCUUGCCCAGCAGCAUUUUGGCAAUGUUCCUUUUAAUUACAAAGCUGAUACCAUUCCUGUUUUGCCCCGAAGUCGUUACAGCGGGAGUCAGGUCUCAGUCAGAGAUGACGACUUACCUUUGGCUCACGUUGCUUUCGCUGUGGAGGGGCCUGGCUGGGGUAGUCCAGACAAUCUUGUCCUUCUGUUAGCUAAUUCAAUCAUAGGACGCUACGACCUUACCUUUGGUGGAAGUAAGAAUCUGUAUAGCAAAAUGGCUGCUGAUUUUGCUGAGAACGACCUCUGUCAAAGUUUCCAGCCCUUCAACAUUUGCUACUCUGAUACAGGACUUUUUGGUUUCUAUUUUGUCACUGAUCGUUUCAAAAUUUUAUACUCAACUGAUUGGGGAAGAUAUGAAUGGAUGCGCAUGUGCACUGAUUUGCCUGAACAUGACUUGGAGAGAGGCAAAAAAGUUCUCCGAAGGAGCUUGGUGGCCCAACUAGAUGGUACUACUCCAAUGUGUGAGAGUAUUGCAACCCAGCUGCUGAGCUAUGGUCGUCGGAUACCUUUGGCAGAAUUGGAUGCCAGAAUUUCUGAAAUUAAUACCAAAAUGGUUCAGGAUGUCUGCAGUAAAUAUGUGUAUGACAGAUGUCCAGUUGUUGCAGGAGUUGGACCUGUUGAGCAACUUCUAGAUUACAACUACAACCGCACUUGGACAUAUUUGAACCGUUUCUAAGCAGUCCAGUGCCAAGAUGGAAAGCCUCUGAAUCGUCUGGAUUUUCUUGUGAUCUUUUGUGUCCCAGUGGCAAAAUGGAUCCCAUACAUUCUGUAUAAAAAUGCUUUAUAACUAUGUAAGUGAUAUCAGAGAGAGAAAAAUAAAUUUAAACGAGUUUAAACCAGUAUUUAUGUUAAUGAGGGAAUAAAAAGGAAUUUUGGGAGAUCGGGGAAUUAUGCUUGCAACUUGUUUGUAUGCUUAGCAAAGAUGUUGAGUUCUUUAAUAGAGAUCUGCAUAUUUACCUUGGCCUUCCAAUAACGUUAAUUUAAACAGAAAUACAAAAGGACUUUUAAACCAUUAGAGAUAUCCCUCAAUUUUGCAUUGGUGUAUAACACUUGCUUCAUUGAGCCGCUUCAGUUGGUCAUGCUAUCUGCCCCUAGAACUCUAUUGCAUUAACUUUUUAAGACUACAGAAUUCUAAGCAGCUGUUUCUAACGGAAAAUACUUUUUGUUUAAUGUACCUUAUAUACUAUCUCGACUUAGAAUCAUAAUUAAGCCUGGCAAUAUGGUCAUACAUUGUGACAGUCAUAAAGUGAGUCAUCACAUGAUCGACCCAAUUCUACUUUUGUUAUGGUGAAGUUAAUAUCAUUGUCAUUAAUCAAAUACAUUAUUCACUAUGGCUGGCUUUUAUCAGAAAUCGGAAGUAAACACCAGAUUUUGGUUAUUUUGAUUUACAAAAAUGUAAAUCCUUUCUUGUGACUGUGGAACACUGAAAAUGGCCAUAAAUGUGGCCUGACUGCCAAGCACCUUGAAAUGCAGUUUUGUGGCCCUGAGGUCGCGGCUGUUGGAAUGCCAGAAACUGGUCAUAAGUACCUUUUGGGGGGGGGAAGUGUUAUAAUUUCAAAUGGUAACUAAGUGACCAGUUAAUUCAAGGACUAUAUAUACAUACACCAUUGGUCUGAAGCCAGAGGACCUACAGCCAUGUGAUCCUCUACUUUCAGACUUCAGCCAAAAGGAAUACCAACAAUAGCAACCGCAACAGGAACCAACAGAUGAAAUUGGUUUGUUUUGCCCUUUUGUUCAGUGGAGGAUUCCACCUCACAUCACCCUGAAAGAUCUGCAUACUCUUACGUACGCACCUUAGCAGGUCAGUGGUGGAGCAGAACUAGGCACAAGGUUCAAUUAUUUUUUGCAACCAGUUGCACACAGGAUACCUGCAAUUUGCUUGUGAAGCAU